AUGCGCAGGCGCGGGCUGGAACUGGUGUCGGGGGCGCGGCUGGUGCAGCCGUGCCCCUCCCUUGACAUCGUAUUCGACCCCGACCGCGACCACCCUGGCGCCGCCUUAUUCGCGCGCCUCGCGCCCGCCGCGGCCGCCGCGGGCGCGCGCGCGGCGCUGCUGAGCGCGGGCGAGGCGCAGGAGCGCCUCGGGUCGGCUCCGCUGCGGCUGCCCGCCGGCGCGGCGGCGCUGCUGCAGCCGGACGCGGGCGUGCUGCUCGCGGCGGAGGCGGCUGGCGCGGCGCGCGCGCUGGCUGAGCGGGCAGGCGUCCAGAUCAGGGAGCGCCUCCGCCUCCGCGGCUGGCGCGACGCCGGCGGCGCCUUCUUCCGCGUCGAGGCGUCCAGCGCGCUGCUGCCGGACAGCCUGUCCGUCUUCGAGGCGGAGCGGCUGCUGCUGGCGCCCCAGGGGGCGGCGUGGGCGCCUGAGUGCCUUGAGCUGUUUGGACUGCAGUCGGACUUGGAGGUGAGGGAGGUCGUCGUCGGCGGCUGGCUGGCCGGCAGCGAGGCGUCAAAGCUGCCGCUCUGGCAGUUCUGGGGCUCGGCCGCCGCGGGCGCCGCGCGGCUGCAGCCCUGCUACGGCCUGCCGUCCCUGCCCGGCGGCGCGCGCGCCGGGCUCGGGCAGCUGUCGUGGCAGGGGCGCCGCGUGGCGGCCGGGGGCGCGUUUGGGUGGGCGGCGGCGGACGCGCGGCCGGGCGCGGGGGUUUUGGAGGCGGCGGCGGCUGCUCUGGUACGGGAUGUGGCCUGGGAGCCAUUUGCUGGGCAGGACGAGGACGGCGAUGAGGAUUCGGCCGGGGGUGAAGGCGGCCGCAGCGGCGCGGACCGAGGGCCGGCGGCGGCGCCGCGCCGCGCGAGGCGGCGUCUGCGGUCCCACCUGCUGACCGCCUGCGCAGACGGCCUCCCGGCGGUCGGCUUCCACCCCGCCUUGGACGCCGGCCGCCUGGCGGUGUGCUGCGGCGCGAGCGGCGGCGGCUCGACGGCAGGCGGCGGGCUGCCGUCCUUCCAGCUGGCGCCGGUUUUGGCAAAGCUGUCGGCGGACCUGCUGCUCGGAAAGGCAGUGGCCCCUGUCGAGACGGCGGCUGGCGGCGAGAGCAGCGGCGGCGGCGGCGGUGACCACAAAGAGGGCCCGGCGCAAGCUGCUCGAGCGCCGGCGCGCAGCGGCGGCGGCGGCGACGGCGGCGGCGGCAGCGGAGACGGCGAGAGCAGCAGCUUGGUAUCUGCUUUGUGGGCGCGCCGGCCGGCCGUGGGGCUGCGCGGGGGGUGGCCGCAGGGCGCCGCUGACGUGGACACGCUGGAGGGGCUGUCUGCGCUGCAGCGCGCGCGGCCGGCGACGGCGCAGGAGCGGGAGCGGGCUGCGGACGAGGGGAGCGACCGCGCGCGCGAAGAGAGUGACGGCCUCUCGCGGAGGAGCGGCAGGGCGCAUGCGUAG